GUAAUUCUUUUUUUGGGUCAAAAUAAAAAAUAAACUUUGUGUUUCCAAAAAAUUAAUUAAUUGAGGCAAAAAAUUAGCCUUCAUGUUCGGUGUGGAUGCUUCUCAUGCGCAACCCCAGAGCGUGUAAAUCUAACGCGCUCGAGAAUUCGUUCUCUGUAGGUUUCAUCACCGGCGAUUUCAUAUCGAUAAGAUCUCGACCAUGUCGCCCUUAAAGAGGAAGAGGAAAUCGCCGACAACGAAGACGAAGAAACCGUCGUUUACGCUUAGUGAUCAUCUCGAGAAACCAUCACUUCCAGAUGAUUUGGUAGUCAGCAUCUUAGCCCGUGUCUCGAGAUCGUUUUACACAAAUCUCUCCUUAGUCUCCAAAAGCUUCCGAUCGAUCCUUGCUUCACCGGAGCUAUACCAAACCCGAACCCUCUUAGGUCGAGCCGAGACUUUUAUCUAUGUGUGCUUACGUUUCCCUGAUGAAGCUAACCCUCGCUGGCUCACUCUCUACCGGAAGAAACCUAAUCAAACCCUAACUAAAAAGAAGAAGAAGACGACGAAGAAAGAGGAUUCAUGUGUUCAUCUUUUGGCACCAACCCCGAUUCUUAACUCUCCUCCUGGGGAAUGGUCAAGUCUUGUGGCGGUUGGUUCUAAUCCUUACGCCAUUACAUCAUCCAUCGAAGACUCUCCAUGCUCUAACGUUUGGUUCCUCGACUGUCGAACUCACACUUGGCUUGAAGCUCCAAGAAUGCGACUGGCUCACAUCAAUAGUGAUUUUGAUGGGAAUAUGUAUCUAGCAGGAAGCUCUGAGAGUCCAGAUUCUUUGAGUUGUGUUGAAGUGUACAACACUACCACUCAAACAUGGAACCCCGUGCCGCCUAAAAAGCGAAUAUUAGAAUUCGGAAAUAUGGAAGGAAAGAUUUACUUGAACCUUGAUGUGGAUUCUACUACUAAGGAAAAUGUGGCUUUAAAGCCAAAGGACUGGACAUGGGAAAUGGUAAGAUGGGAUACUCAUUUGGGUUCUGUUUGCAUGAUAGAUAACGUAGCCUUUCAUUAUCAACCUUGUGUAAAGAUUAUUUGGAGAAAAAAUAGAACUAAGGGAGCAGUUUGGAGAAGAUUAGAGGGUUUGGAAGGGUUACCUAAGUUUUCUAAGUAUAGUACUGUCAAUUUAGUGGAUUGUGGUGGUAAGCUGGUUGUUUUGUGGGACAAGUAUGUGCGUGGAAGUGGGUAUAAGGAGAAGAUGAUUUGGUAUGCAGAGAUUUCACUUGAAAAACGCAACAAUGAAGAGAUUUGGGGGAAGGUCGAGUGGUUCAAUGCCGCUCUUACAGUCCCUAAGUCUUAUAAAUUUGUGUGUGCUAAAUCUGCUACUGUUUGA